GGCCCCCGCCGCGCCGGCUCCUCCCGCACUCCGCAGCGGGCCCCGCUGGCCGCGGGCAUGGGGGCUGCCUGUGCCGGGGGCUGCCCUGGGCCGCGCUGCCCGGCGGCGGGUGCCCCAGGCUGCGGUGCUGCGAGCUCGGGUGGGUGCGCUCCCCUCGUGCCGGCCGCGCCAGGACAGCGUGUGGCCCUCCAGCCCUGCGUGCCCAGCUGGAUGCUCGCUGUGCCCCGGCUCACGGCACACACGCUGCCCUGGGAGCACUUCGGGCACCUGGGCGGCGUGGAGCAGCUGUGCGAUACCGAGGGAGCCGCCCGUCUUCUCCCCACAUUGCGCUUUGGGAUUGUGGUCUCUUAAGCCGUGUCUGUUCAGGCAGUGGUAAACCGGGUGGUCACCACUGGCAGGCAGGCAGCUGAUGGUAGCUGGUGUUGCCUGGACAGCUUGUUGCAGGAGAGCACCUGGCCCUUUAGAAAUUAUGUGGCCGUCCCACAGUGGUUUGGCACCGGGAGUCUGGAGUUGUUGCAUCUGUGAGGGUGGCACAAGUGGGUGUACACAGAGAGCAGAAGCUCAAGGCUGCAGCACUGUGCCUUUCCCAGGUACUCCUCCGAGGGCAUUCAUUCGGUUCAAGGCAGCCUGAAAAGAGAAACUUAAAAGAAUUCCCUGUUUGUUUUCACUCUCGCAAACACAAAUCCCUCUUGCAACACUGGCAGCCUGGUCCCAUUGCCUUGUACUUAUCAGAGAUGAACUGGAGGUGUCUCCUCCUGUGGCCUUGCCAAGGGAUGUAGGCUUGGGUCACCCUCAGAAUACUCUGAGAGGCAGCUGCUGCUCCUCUGCUGUCCCUUUGCUGACCUUAGGUGGUACCUCAGCUGAUCCUGUCCUUGAUGUAAUUUGGCCUUUGGGUUCAGACAUCUCUGCUGCUGUUCCUGCCGUUUGAAAUUCUCUCUCCACUUCUGGCCUUUCAUUCUCCUUGCUGUAGUACCUAGGAAGCCUCUAGUUGUGUCAUAUGCAUAAACGUCUGCUUUGACGUUUUUCAUGAUUCCAUAACUUUCAGUUUCUUCUGAAAAGGCUUUAUUUCCCCUUGCCUCUGCUUCCACUGAGAUUUUAUCUCUUCGUCUGAAAGAGUUCAUAGAUACAAACUUGCAGUUUUGCAGAUGGUUUGCCAAAUACAGCGUCUGUACGGUGCUACAAGACGUCACUAUCAUCCCCCUCAUCUUGACUCACUCUGGCUGUGAGUCGUGCUGGGCAGUGUCUAAAUGCGUCCUGCUUGUGUGUGAGGCCUCCAUAGCGCCGAGAGUGCCCACGUCUCUGAGCUGGCCUCCACUUUCUGUUCGUGAGAUCCUCUCUUCUGUCAGGGCCAAAGGUUUCAGUUGUCUCUCCUGCUGCUCUGCUUAGAAUUAGCAGUGACAUUAAAAACUAGCUUGAAUAUACGACAGUUUUAAAGCACUGUUGGUAAUGGGAUGGGAGGAGCUGAGCAGUAGGGGCAGAGGAAAGGAGUGAUUCUCAGAGAUUUACAGGGCACUACCUCUGCCAGCUGUCAGGGGAACCAUGGCUGUGUGACAUCUUGGGAUUCUGAGUGCAGUUGAGGUGUCCUUGCAUUUGGUGACCUCAGACGGACUUUGUGACAGUGGUGAUGUAAGCAUAGGUGGGACAGCCUGACUUGUGCUUACCUCAGCACUUCACUGCCUUAACUGAUAAUUUCCCAUCAACCUCCAGCAAAAGUAUAUUUCUAAUCACAUUACUCAACCCCGCUUCUGAGUGACACAAUUUUUACUUUGUCUCAUUUUUAGAACCUUUCUGUGGGGAGAUAAAAUUUAUUGCUUCCUUCUCAGGAGCACCUAGGGACUCUAAAAGGAAGAGGUCCAGGUAGCAGCAGAGUCCCUGCUGAGGAUUGAGGUUCUUUGGAGAUACAGUGCAGAACAGGAAUGGUGGUGAGCAAAGAACAGAGUUUCCAAGUCAAACUCAAGUAAUUUCCAGAUUUCUGGACUUCCCACCCAGCAGCCAAAGCAUCCUAAUGGGCUUCUGUCCAAAAGUUAUCUUGAAGAAUAUUGUUCAGGGUGCAAAAUCAAGUGCUACAGUGUUAAGGAAUGUCCUUGUAGUCCCAGUUCGACUUGUUUUGGAUAUGUACUCAAGGUGUAAUGACUAAUUUUGUAAUUGUAUGCUACUUACCACCUGUAGCCCAGCCACAGGUACUGCACAUCAAUGGUGAUUCUGCUGUUGGGAUUUUGUCUGUUCCUUGUUUUAAGCUGUAUAAUUUUAGCCUGUCUGCAAAACUGGGAAGAGACACAGCCAUGUACCUUGGGGUGGGAGAAGACAGGACUUUGUAACACAGUCUGUAAAGUGUCUGCUGCCACAGCAUACAGAAUUUGGGAAACUCUUGUCUCCCAAGCUGGCAUUCUGGCCUUUGCAUGCUUGGCACCCCACUGCCAAGAGAUUAAAUAUCCAUUGCAGUCAUUUUGCUCACAUGUUGUGUUCUGCUUUGCAUUAAAAAUUGAUGCUGUGCUCUAGUUUCCAGAUGACUUUCGUUUGCUUGCUGUCUGGCUCAGCACAAGCUCCUCUUGCUUGCUUGCCACGCCACUCUUAACCCACACAAACACCAGCAGCCUGCCCUCAGACACGUCCUGCAACAGAGCAGGUGAGAACACUGACAGCCAGAGCCCAGCUGGACAGAAGUAGUGGUUUGAAUGACUUGUUUGGUACGCUGCAGAGCUCCUGUGCCACACAGGUGUGGUGGGAGGCCAGAGCUUGCCUAAGCAGCCCUUUUCUUGAUAUCCUGGUUCUUCAGGGGUCGGUGAUACAACCAAAAAUGUAUUCAUAUCAAUGAUUUUUGAUAUAUCCGGUCACAGACAAAGCAAAAGAAGCUAUUUCUUUUUAGACCAAGAAGGUUCCUCUUCCUCCUGGGAGCUGUGUGGCAUUAGGAGGUGGAGGGCAGAAGAGCUCUCAUGUUUCCCACUUUGUGAAGCUCAGCGGGGGGACUCUGGGAUCUGCUGAGACAAGCAGCAUGUCCUAUCAAGAAGCUGCAGUGAUCAGCAUUCCCUAGUGGGAGAAGGCUCCUCUCCUCAGCACCAUUAGUUGGGGGUUUGCCCUGCUUGUUGCGUUGUCCAUUCUGUUGGGAUUCACAGGAUCAGCUCUGCAUUUGCUGGAGCCACAGUCCCUGCGUUGGCACCAUCUCCAGCUGGGGCCCAGGCAGCCUGGCUCAACGGGGUAUUGUUUAUUCCACCCAGGAAUGUGCAGGCGAGCAGGACCUCGGGGAGCUUUACAGAGCAACAUGUUCUGCUCUGAGCAGGGAGAGGGAGUGUGGGUGCCCACAGCUCUGAAGGCCGGUGGGAGCAGUCAGGGCGUGCUGGUGUGCGGGUAAUGGCCUCUCCUAGAAGUGUGAAUGAGGACAGUGCAGGCUGUGCAGAUGCAUUGGGGUAUGGAGGAGGGAAGGAGGGCUGUCCAGAUCUGGAGAGCACAGGGAGGAACAGAGGAAAAAGGUAGAAAUGUCUCAGUAUGUAGUUAGUUAGUAAGCUUCUGUUCUUGACACAAUGGUGUGAGAAGCCAAGCAUAACUGCUGGUUCCUCCCACUGUGUGCUGGGUACUAAUCCUGCAGCCUAGAGCACAGCAAGAGCUGUAGCAGAUCUCUUGUCAAAUCCAGUCCUCCAGCAGCUGAAGGAUGCACUGAACUGAGGGGUAUGUAUCUCUGUCACUGGGGGUGGGUUGUGUUUUCAGUGAGCAGACAUUGAGCUACAAUGAGUGGAAGGAGGUACGAAAAGACCUAGGUGAAAUGCAAGGUGUUUUUCAAUUUUUAAGAAGAUCACUGACAGCAUUUGUUUAAUAUUUUUAAUAUUAAUUUCUCUUAUAAUUUUGUGACAAACUUGUCUUUGUACAUUUCUGGGAAUAUGACCAUUCCUGGUCUACUGCUGCAGGUUCUAAAGUUCUUACAGAGACUGAGACAUCCACUGGACAAGAAUCCACUUGUCCCUCUUGUGCAAAUCCUGCAUGCCUGUGGAAGCCCACAUGGCAUAUUUUGGUCUGUUUGGUGAAAUGUUAUUUUUUCAGUUACAGUGCAGUCACACUCUCCAUAGUCAGUACUAACAGUGCUGCUUCUUGAGUGAGAAGCUGGAAUGUAUUAUUUAGUGGAGAAACAAGUGGCAAUAGCACCUGUUAAGUUUGGUUUCCUUGCUGCUUAAUUUGUGGCAUCCAUCCGUUACUGAUUUUUAUCUCAUGUUCUGAGCAGUGCUUUGGGAUAGGAGUGGAUUAGCUGCCCUCAAACCCUUUGGGUCUCUCUUUUUACUGGGGCUGUUAAUACUUCUUGUAAUCAGCCUAAAUGGCCUCUUCACAAUGCUGCCUUAUCUCUUAAGUGCUUAAAAUCCUUGCUUCAGCAUCUUUAGUAGUCCUGCCUCCAUCUAAGUGAUGGUACUUCUAGCAAGUGCCUGACAAUUACAUUUGAUGCUGGUGAGUCCAUAAUUUGGGAUUUCUUACCCUGCACAGUUUCAGCUGCAAGAAGACGAGGGAUAGGAGAAGUUGUCAGAGUCUAUGUGCAAAUGCCAUUUCUUGGCUGAUCCGGUCUGUGCUGAAGAUCUCAAAACAAUAUUGUAACAGAGUUAAUAGCUAUCAUUUCAUUCUGGUCCCUGCUUCCAUCAGCCCACGCUGGACCAGACACACUCCAGAGCUAAUAGCAAAAUGGGAUAAGCAGUCUUCCAUGAAGGUAAUGGUAGUGUGUGCUGAGCAUGCAUGCAUGCGGACUGGGGGGAGUGAUUAAUGCCCUGGGAAUCCACUCUCUGCCUUGCUGCACAAUGCUGUUGUGUCAGGCCCAGAGCUUGGCACCAGGCAGGCUGUGGUCAGGCGCCAGGAACACGUUACCUGGUUUGUGCAGGAUCAGACAGCGAGACAGAGCCUGUGUGUUCUCAGCAGGGCGAGUUCCUGCUGCGCCACAGCCUCAUACUUGCACAGUGAGGCUCUCUUUGGAUGCGGGUCUGCUGCUGGGCGGGGGCAGGAGCCCUGCGAUCCGCAGUCCUGACCUCCCCCAGCCUGAAAUCCCUGAGUUUGCUCAGUUGUGGCAGAGCUCUCCCUCCUUCCCUCUGGCAGGCAAGGAUCACCCAUCCUUGAGGUGAGAGGUGCUUGGCCAGCUGUCAGGAGCCAUGACUCACAGGGGAUCACAGGCGGAGCCCUGCUCUCCCUGCAGCCUGCUUUUCCUUCUGGAGCCUCUUCGUGAGCUGUUCCUGAAUGCUUGUUUUCUAGGGUGGAUCUGGAAGAAGCUCGGGUCCACUAUUAAGCCUGAAGAGUUGGACUCAGAGGUGAGUCGGACUGGAUAAACAGAAUGGUCCCGUCAGCAGAAAGCCUUUCCCUGCCUGGACCCCCCGCUGGCACUCUCACUGGAAGUUGGCUGCACCUCAUUAGCGGGGACGUAUUUCUCCUGCCUGUGUUCGCUUCCCCUCUUCCUGACUCUCCGGGGCUCAGGUGGGCUGGGUGUGGCUGUACGGGCAAAGGCUGCCCUUGGGGGGGCCGUGUGUUUGUGUUUUGUUGAGUUGUCACUGCUCUCUUUCUGCCCUUAGCUGGGCAGGGGGGUGACGAGCCGUGCUGACACGGGACGGGUGUCGCGGCUGGGCGGCGCUUGGAGCGGCUCUGCUCGCUGUGCGCUUGGAGCCGCUCUGGGGAGGGAGGAGAACGGGUCCCACGGCAGGGAAGGUGUGUCCGAACGGACAGAACGGGGGCUGGUUGUGAUGCGGGACGAAAGCAGCCUGUGCCAAGGGCGCUGCUGGGGAGGACGCUGAUGUCCCAGCGUCGCAGAGGACAGGGCUCUGAAAGCACCGCGGAGAAGUGUUGGCGGUACUGUCCAUGCCUGUAUUUGCAGGCGGUCUGAAAGUGAAAGCAAACUCACUGGUCUGAGGUGAAGGUGAGGAAUUCUGGUUGCUUUGGAUGGAUGAACGUUUCUGUUCCCUUCCUGAGGAAUUUGGGAGGAGGCAAAGGGCAGCUUAAGCUGCAGGACUGCUGCUGCCUUGGGGCACUGUAUUUCCUUGACAGUGAGGCUGAAAAGCAGAAAUUAUACAGAAGAGUGUCCCCAACAGCCACUUCCAGAGUAAGGGGAAAUCCAGGACAUAGCCCUUAACAAGGAGGUCUUUGCCUGCUUUCAAGUCUCCUGCCAGGAGGAAUUUUAGCCUUGGCUCCCAGAGCCUUGAACGGGGUCUGCACCCUCACCUCAGUCUGGCUUCUGCCAAGGACCAUGGUGGGGCCACUCAGGGAAUGUCUGAGCCAGGCACCUGGAAGGCAGAAAGGAUAUUUCCAGUCAGGUCUGAGAAUGAGGAUGGUGGUAUGAGCUUGCCUGGGUGGACUUUAUGCCUCUUCUCUUGCUGGGCCAGAAUUGUGGUGUGGGUUGAGCAUGCAGUUCCUGUGGCCCUGAGUGCUGGCAUGGGGAGGGGGAUUCCUGUGCCCAUCCUGCCAGAGAAUGUGUGGUGGGACGUGCAGGUGGGUGGUGCUGGCUGCCCACCAGGCCCUGUCAAGCUGAGCUGUGCCCCACAUGUUAGGGAAAUGCUGAGCUUCCUCCCCUCCUCUUGCUUCCUUCCUGACGGGAAUUCACUUCCAAUUUUCUUGCUGCUUGUCCCCCCUCUUGCAACACAAACACAUGAUCCUACAGAGAUAGCCACAGGGGUGGGACAAGGCAGGUUAGACCGUGGGGGCUGCAUUGCUGCAGCCCCUUGGCUCCUGCGGCAUGUGGCGAAGGGUUGGCAGGGAGCUCAGGACAGGAUCUCCCCACAUCUGCCUCUGUGCUCAGGAAGGGCUUUACUUCCUGGGCCUAGCUCUGGUAAUUUCAGGUGUUCCUGAGUGCUGACAAAUUUCUCACUGUCUCAGCCUUAGGCACUGACCUGCCUUCAGACCCUGCACAAUGGAGGCUGGCUCCGUGGUGCGGGCAGUCUUUGAUUUCUGUCCCAGCGUCUCUGAAGAGCUGCCCCUCUUCGUGGGAGAUGUCAUCGAGGUGCUGGCUGUGGUGGACGAGUUCUGGCUCCUUGGCAAGAAGGAAGGUGUCACAGGGCAGUUUCCUAGCAGCUUUGUUGAACCUGUGGAUAUUCCCCCUUUGAAGCAGGGAGAAAAACUGUUUGUUUGUACCAAUGACUUCACAUCUCAAGAGCCAGGGAGCUUGUCAUUGCAGAGAGGAGACUUGGUGAUCCUGGGAGGGUCCCUGGCCUCCAGCUGGCUCCAGGGCCGAAGCAGCUGGGGUUCCAAGGGCUUUUUCCCCUCAUCAUGUGUGAGGGAGCUGUGCCUUUCAGUUCGGAGACGUCAGCUGUCCCAGAGCCCUCUCCUGGAGGUGCCUGCCUACUCCUUGGGCCAAGCCCAGGCCCUGAUGGACCUGUCUGCUCAGCUGGAGGAGGAACUGGACUUCAGGGAAGGGGAUGUGAUCAAUAUUAUUGGUGUCCCAGAGCCUGGCUGGUUUGAGGGUGAGCUCAGAGGCUGCAGGGGCAUCUUCCCAGAGGGUUUUGUGGAACUGCUUACUCCUCUGCGAACACCAGGAACCUCAGUGGAUCCAGAACCCACAGAGACUUGUGACACCAAUGGGACAGUAGAGGUGCCCCUAGAUGACAAGGAGCCAGGGAGUACUUAUGGUGUUGCCCUCUAUCGGUUCCAAGCCCUGGAGUCCAAGGAACUGGAUUUUGAUGUGGGUGACAGGAUUCGGAUUGUAGGCAUUCUGGAGGAUGGCUGGCUGGAGGGGGAGCUGAGAGGAAAACGUGGCAUCUUUCCACACAGAUUUGUGAGGCUGGAAGCCUCUGAGGCUUGCAUGGAAAAGGUGAGUGCUGGGGAUCUGCAAGGUGGAGGCAGUUGUGGAUUGAACAUCCAUCAAGAUCCAGAAGUCAUUUGCUCUGAAACUCCUCCUUUGCCCCAGAAAGAUAGCAGGGAAAAGGAGGAUGGCUUGGCUGCAUAUACUGAGCCUGCCCCCAUUUUGUCUCACAAGGCAGGGAGGUCAGAGGGUCCUCUUGGCACUGACUUGAGACAGCACCAGGCUUUUCCCAGCACAGGACACCAAGAGCCACAUCCCGAAGGCACGGUGGGCUCGGUCCCUUCUAACCACACGAAGUCAGUCAAUGGCAUUCUCCCCUCUGCUCAGCUGCCUCCCCCACAGGGCAACAGGCCUGGCCAAGCAGGUGAGCUGGAGCCCGAGGGGACUAUUUCAGCCACCCCAGGAAACUCAGAAACUCACUCCCUCCCUAAGCAUGAUGGAGACAGCCCCACUGUGCCCUUGCAGGCACCCCACUUCCCCCAAAAUCCUUGCAGGAGCCAAGCAGUUUCAUCUGCUUAUAGCUGGGCAGCAUCCCAGCCCCAGGAGAGCCAGAACAGGACCCAGGACCUAGACAAUUGGAUGGACAGUAAACUGGAGAAGUCCAAGCCCUGUUCCAGCUUAGGAACUGCCCAGGUGAGCCUGGAGACACGGGCUGGGAGCUGGGGGGAUUGCUGCCCUCUUGCAGUGCAGGGGGACAGCUGCACGGACCUGGACUCCAAACUGACAGAGCAGCUGGCCCAGUUUGAGAAGAGCCUGUCAGGUACUGGUGUGGAGCAGGACAAGGUCUCCCGUCACUUCUCCAUCUUGGACUACAGCUCUGAGAGGGACAUUGUCCGUGGGUCUCCUGAAUCUGUGUCCCACUCCAGGCAGGCAGAGAGGAGAAGGGCCUUGAGGCCACCCCCUCCUCGGCCCAGCAGCCUCGCGACAACCGCCAUGCAUGCGCAGGGUGGCCUGGUGCCCAAAGGCAGGUCUCUGUCCUUCUCGGUCAAACCCUCCCGGCCUGCGCCCCGGCCUCCAUCCAGCAACCAGCGGAAAAAUGUGGCCCCUGCACAGCUUCAGCCCAGCACCCCAGAGCAGCGGGUGGAGGAGGGAUGUGAGGACUUGACACAGGCAGGAUCAGCCUCCUCCAGCUCCAUCCUGCUGACUAGAAUUGGAGAGGUGGAGAGAGAUCUGGAGGCAUACAGCAAGACCCGUGCUGAACUAAGCCUGAUGCUGGAGGAGCAGCAGGAUGAGCUGGUGAGAGCAGAGACCAUGGAAAACCUUGAUUUCUGUGACUCCAACAUUGAGAGCCUCAGCAUGGAGCUGCAGGAGUUGAGAGAGAUGACUCUCCUGUCCUCCCAGACACCAUCCCUGGAGCCAUCCUCGGCCGCCACUGAGAGUGCAGAGCAAAGGAUGCUGGAGAAGAGAGCCAAGGUUAUUGAGGAACUGCUCCAGACAGAGCGGGACUAUAUCAGAGACCUGGAGAUGUGUGUGGAGAGGAUCAUGGUGCCCCUGCAGCAGGCACAGAUGCAGAACAUAGACUUUGAGGGCCUUUUUGGAAACAUCCACAUGGUAAUAAACUUCUCCAAGCAGCUGCUGUCCACCUUGGAAGCUUCAGACGCCAUCGGACCAGUGUUCCUGACGCAUCGUGCAGAGCUGGAGAGUGUCUACAGGGUGUAUUGCCAGAACCAUGAUGAGGCCAUCGCACUGCUGGAAACCUAUGAGAAGGAUGAGAAGUUGCAGAAACUACUUUUGGACCUGCUGGAUAGCCUCAGGAGUCUGUACAGUGAAUGGGGUUGCACAAACUACAUUAACCUGGGCUCCUUCCUCAUCAAGCCGGUGCAGAGGGUGAUGCGGUAUCCGCUGCUGCUGAUGGAGCUGCUGAGUGCUACCCCCGAGGCUCACCCUGAUAAGGCACCGCUCACGGCUGCUGUCCUCGCAGUCAAAGAAAUCAACGUCAACAUCAACGAGUACAAGCGCCGGAAGGACCUGGUGCUAAAGUACAGAAAAGGAGAUGAGGAUAGCCUCAUGGAGAAGAUCUCCAAACUCAACUUCCACUCUAUCAUCAAGAAAUCCAACCGUGUGAGCAGCCACCUCAAGCAUCUCACAGGCUUUGCACCCCAGCUAAAGGAUGAAGCCUUUGAAGAGACAGAGAAGAACUUCCGGAUGCAGGAGCGUCUGAUCAAAUCCUUCAUCCGAGACCUUUCCCUCUACCUGCAGCAUGUCCGGGAGUCAGCUUGUAUGAAGGCCCUGGCAGCAGGGAGCAUGUGGGACCUGUGCACAGAGAAGGGAAGCGGGGACUUGGACCAGUUCCAGAAAGUGAAUCGUCUCAUCAGCGACCAGCUCUUCUCCAGCUUUAAAGAGCGGACGGAGCGGCUGGUGAGCUCGCCCCUGAGCCAGCUGCUGAGCAUGUUUGCGGGGCCCCACAAACUGGUGCAGAAACGCUUCGACAAACUGCUCGACUUCCACAACUGCACCGAGCGAGCGGAGAAGCUGAAGGACAAGCGAACGCUGGAGGAGCUGCAGUCAGCCCGCAACAACUACGAGGCCCUCAAUGCCCAGCUGCUGGACGAGCUGCCCAAGUUCCUGCGCUUCGCCAAGGAGCUCUUUGCCAGCUGCCUGCGGGGCUAUGCCGAGGCACACUGCGACUUCGUGCGCCUGGCCCUGGAGGAGCUCAGACCUCUGCUGUCGUUGUUGAAGGUGUCUGGCAGGGAAGGGAACCUCAUUGCCAUCUUCCAGGAUGAGCACAGUCGAGUCCUCCAGCAGCUCCAGGCCUUCACCUUCUUCCCAGAGUCCCAGGCGGCUCCCAAGAAGACUUUUGAAAGGAAAAGCAUGGAAAGGCAGUCUGCCCGGCGGCAGCCCCUUGCUGGCUUGCCGACCCACUUCCUGCAGUCGGAUGACAUCCGCGCUGCUCUCCUGGCCCGCUAUCCCCCAGAGAGUCUCUUCCAGGCAGAGCGCAAUUUCAAUGCUGCCCAAGACCUGGAUGUCUCCCUGUUGGAAGGAGACAUUGUGGGUGUCAUCAAGAAGAAGGACCCCAUGGGCAGCCAGAAUCGCUGGCUCAUAGACAAUGGGGUGACCAAAGGCUUUGUGUACAGCUCCUUUCUGAAGCCCUACAACCCCCGCCGCAGCCAGUCCGACGUCUCUGUGGGCAGCCACUCUUCCAACGAGUCGGAGCACAGCAGCUCCUCUCCCCAGAGCAACGCCACCCUGACCUUCAGCCCCAGUGGGGCGGCCGUCACCUUCACUCAGAAACCCCUGCAGGACUCUGUCUCUCCGGCAGAUGUGUACCAGUCCCCACUGGAGGUGGACUCUCCCUCUGUGCCCCAGCUUGGCUCUGGUGACAGGACGGCCCCGCUGGCUGGUACUGUGACAUCUCAGCGCCGCUACAGCCGCCCCGAGCGGGGCUGCAGCCCCAGCUCUCGCAACGGGCACCCCACCAAAGCACAUCUCAGGCCCACACCCUCCGUGGAGGACAGGGACUCGGGGCUGGAGAACAGCGAGUCAGAGGGCAACCAGGUCUACUACGCUCUCUACACCUUCAAAGGCCGAAACACCAAUGAGCUGAGCGUGUCAGCUAACCAGAGACUCAGGAUCCUGCAGUUUGAGGACAUCACAGGCAAUCAGGAGUGGUGGCUGGCCGAGGCCCACGGGAAGCAGGGCUAUGUGCCCUCAAGUUACAUCCGGAAGACAGAGUACACGUGA